AUGCGGGCAUCAGGCGUUGCCGAAGAAGUAACGGAGAAGACCAUCCUGCUGGACGACCUCGCAACCCAAGUGGAUGAGGCCAAUAACGAAGAAAUGCGUCGUGCAAGCACCGAGGACAGCACAGCAGCACGGUCCGAAGAAGCCGGUGCUCUUGUUCGUGACGAAGCCAUGAAAUCUCAAGGUAAACGAAAAGCCGAAGUUGGCGAUGGGGGGUCGAAUGCGUCGGGCAACCGAAGUGUGCUUGAUCUACGCAAGUUCAUGUUUGCACGUGAGUUGGAGGAACGCAAAAAAGACCUCGAACGUGAAGUUGAAGAACGCCACCGGAAUUUUGAGGAGCGCAAAAUGGACCGCCAACGUGAAGUUAAUGAACGCCAAAAGGACCGCGAGGUCCAGAUGCAGCAAAUGCAAGUGAUGCAGAGCGCUAUGACUACCGUGCUCGAUGCACUAGUGAAGAAGUUCUAG